AUGGACUGCUAUCCAUCAAUUGCAGACAUUCAGUACUCCCCUCCCCCUACGGUCCCAAUAGCUUUACAAAAAUUCUCUACCAUGCAAAAAUCCAUGCAUUCUAUGUUGCAGGCUAUACAAUACAAUUCUACAGCUGUAUUCUGUCUGUUGGAUGUUCUAUCCAAUGAGUUGAUGACUUUGAUUCCCAUAACAGAACGGGAUCAUAUUUUUGCUAUGUUGCAUGCUAUUCGUAUUCUUGCUAUGCACACCUGUGGCAGGCUGAACACUGCUUGCAAUAAUCUUGCCUUCAAGCUUUCAUUACCUCACAAAUGGUUGUAUCAAAGGCCUUACAGGAAGUCUCUGCUUGCCCGUGUUCGUCGUUUUUUUAGAAGUCACACCACACAGAUCUGGCAGUCAUUCCACAAACAUGCAAUCAAACCAGUUCUCUCUCCCUCUCUUGGGUUUUAUAGCAAUCUCUUUGUUAUUCCCAAGAAAGACAGAGGUGCUCGCCUGGUUUUCAAUCUGAAGGGUCUCAAUCAGUUCUUGGAUGCUUCCAAAUUCAAGAUGAAGACUCUCUGCAAAGUGUUGGGAAGAUCAAGUGUUCCAGUUUUGCACAACGCUUUUUGGCUGCUCCAUAAUAUCAUGACUCUUCACAAAGAUCACUUGUCUGGUUUUUAUUUGGGCUCAUGCUCACAGAAUUUGGGUUCUCAUCUGACUCCCACCCAAGAAAUUGACUACCUGGGGUAUGCGUUGGAUACUGUUUCCAUGACAGUCAAACUUCUGGGCAAGAAGCUGCACGAUCUGCAAAAGUCAAUCCAUGGCAUUUUGCUUGCCACCAGCCACACUCCUCGUCUGAUACACAGUGUUGCCAUGUGA